AGACGUCAGCGCGAAGAAGCACCCGUCAAUCAGAUGGAGCGCACGAGGUUAACAAUGACACCAGACCCAGCUGCAGGAUAACUCGCUGUCGGACAUUGUCACAGUGUGGAAUGGAGCAAAGGUCAACGUUUUCUCUUACAUGCGAGUGACAGCAUGUAGCACUUUAACUACCUUGUUAAAUGUUUCAUUUUCACCAUCUCAGUGUUCUCUGGCAUGGAGAGGCAGAAGAGUUGAGAGGAAACCACAGUUUCAUUAAAGCACCCAGAGCAAUUGGGUUCUAGCAUUUCUUUCUUUCAUCCAAAAAAAGGAAUUUGGCAGCUUUUUGCAUCAAAACAAGCCCUCACAUGGUGAUUUGACACCGCAAAAAGUUACACUCUGCAUCAGAGAGUGGCCCACAAGCCAGCUGACAAAAUGGUAGCAGAUAACACAGGGGGCAAUGGGGACCAGUCCGAGGAGGAGAAAGAGAUGGACCAGACGGAGCAUGCAUCUGAAGACAACGGUGGACAAGAAAAUGGAGACAUAGAGAUGGCUGUCUCUGCUUCAGAGAUGCCGUCUCCCUCUGAUGGGACCCCUGACGAAGUAAAGGAGCCAGAGAAACUGAAAUGGGCUGUGAUAUUCUUGUGUUUCUAUGGGUUUAUGGCAUCGAUAAAGCCCGGGGAACCCUUCAUUACACCAUAUCUACUCAGUCCUGAGAAGAACUUCACCAGGCAGCAGGUGACCAAUGAGAUCACUCCAGUGCUAACGUACUCCUACAUGGCCGUGCUGGUGCCGGCCUUCCUUCUGACCGAUCUUCUACGCUACAAGCCCGUACUGAUCAUGCAGGGCAUCAGCCAGGUGGCCAUAUGGCUCAUUCUGCUCCUGGGCACCUCCCUCAUCGAGAUGCAGUUCAUGGAGUUCUUCUACGGCAUCACCAUGGCGUGCCGUGUUGCGUAUUCCUCCUACAUCUUCUCCCUGGUCAGCCCGGCCCUCUACCAGCGAGUGGCCGGCUAUUCGCGCUCCUCAGUUCUCUUGGGGGUGUUCACCAGCUCUGUGCUGGGUCAGCUGUGCAUGUCCUUCGGCAACAUCAGCUUCUACACUCUUAACGCCAUAUCUUUGGGUUUCGUCAGCUUUGGUCUGCUGCUCUCUCUGUGCCUGCCGUGGCCCAAACGCUCCUUGUUUUUCAACCGCAAUCAGGGGCAGAAGGAACUGACCACCUUGGUAGCCAACAAGUCCGAACUGGACAAAAUGAACCCAAAAGAAGGCGUCUUGUCUUCGGCAGCGCCCCCGUGCUCUGCGUUGCGCUGGAAGGAUUCUGUAUUAUUGCAGAUGCUGCUGGAGGUGAGAAACGUUUUGAAGAAGCCCAACCUGAGGUUGUGGUCCCUGUGGUGGGUAUUCAACUCCGCAGGGUACUACCUGGUGCUGUUCUACGUUCACAUCCUGUGGAACAAAGUCUAUGCGGCCACUGAGAACAAGAAUGUUUACAACGGGGGAGUGGAGGCAGCUUCUACCCUACUGAGUGCUGCGACUUCCUUUGCAGCAGGCUUUGUGAAAAUUCGGUGGAAUGUCUGGUCCGAGCUGGUCAUCUGUGUCAUCACAUCAGUGCAGGCGGCUCUGCUGCUCCUCAUGGUGCAGGAGACAACGGGCAUUUGGGGGUGCUACAUCUCUUACGUCCUCUUCAGAAGCUUCUAUCAGUUCCUGGUGCCUAUUGCCACUUUCCAGAUAGCCUCGUCACUCACCAAGGAGCUGUGUGCCCUGGUGUUCGGCAUCAACACCUUCUUGGCGGUCAUACUAAAGAGCAUCAUCAUCCUGAUAUUUUCUGACAAGAGGGGCAUGGGGUUGGAAGUGCACUCACAGUUCCUGGUCUACUUCGUUUACUUGGCUGUGCUUUCUGUCGUCUACCUUGUUUGCGCUGUCGUGGUCAUCACCCGUCACUAUAGAAACCAACCCAAUGGAGGAGGUGGGACCAAUGAUCAGACCACGCCCACAGAGCUCAGUCCUGUGGCUGCUAAUUCGGAGGAGGAACCUUUGUCAAACGGCAAAAGUGCCAAGGCAUAAGAACUAGGAACAUGUCUUGCCUUAAACAACCUCUACAUCAACAUCUUAUCUUAUCGUUGACCCCGGUUUAGUCUACUUAGCUUUUCCGACACAGUGGGAUGAAUCAUUUUAACCCUCUGAUGUUGAUGGAGAGGUUUGUCCAGUGUUAGCUGCUGAAUCACAGAAGUGCCUCGUUUGCUGCAUUAAGCUCCUACAGGCUGGAGGUGUUUUGUAUUUGUUUUGAUUGAUCAUUGCACAAAAGAAAAGAAGUAAAUUCUUCUUUUUUUAUUUAAUGCAAAAACAGUAAAUGGCACUAUGUUUUAGUAUUGUGGAGAAUCAUAUUGACUAUUGAGCGGGACCAUUAAUGUGAUGGCUGGAGUUUAGCUUGUUUUGUAUGUACAGGAAACAAAGAAGAGUAAUUUCAGUUGUCAGUAGGUGCAGAAACUACAUGCUGAACUGUCCUGGUUCAGUGACAGUGUUUUUCCCCUUCAAACAAAGACUCAUGAUUACUAUGUGAUCUCUAAAAAAUUACUUUAGUCUGCAUUUUCAGGGUCGACACUUUUUAGUUUUCUUAUCCACCCUCCUGUUGUACUUAAUGUUACAGCUCGAUUAUUGUAUGUUGGUGUCAUCUGAAAAGAAUUUGACCAUAUCAGUAUAAUUGCUUUUUUUUCUCUGUGUUGAUAAUCAAAUGUUCACAUUUCACUUUGUUAUAAAAUCAGAUUAUUUUUCCAUCGGUUCAUUUGAGCAGGUAAACUGCACUUUGUAUGCAGUUUGUCAUUUAUGGCACUUUUCCACUACACAGUUCCAGCACGACUCGGGUAAAACAGAUAAUCAAUGGAGGACAUGGAGGCGAUGGUGUACUUGCUGCUGUAUUCUCUUGCUUUCUGUCACACACAAAGCAAGAGAAGAGAGCUGUAUGGCUGUUACACUGUUGCUGGUAUUUAAAAAUGUCGGGUUUGAUUCUUGUGUGGGACGGCUCGUGACUCUUCUGACAACUCCUUCCGACAACUCUUCUGACCAAUCAGCGGCCAGCAGUCUGUCGACGUCACAUUUUAGUAUCGGCUCGGCUCGCUUGGAACCUCAGCAGAGCAGGUACUAAAAAAGUACCAGGUACCAGGUACUAUGCCUAGUGGAAACACAACAACAAACCAAGUCGUGCUGGAACUGUGUAGUGAAAAAGCACCAUUAGUGUGGCUAAUUAUAAAUGAUUGUAUUCUUGCUGUAACACUGUUAAAGUUCAUGUUUUGCUCAUUGGAAACUAGUUGUAAUGUAUUUGAUACAUUCCAACUGGCUGCAGAAAGUGAUGCUUAGGUGAAGUAAUGUUUAAGGACGCUUUUAUGCACAUGUAUGCUGGUUAUGUAAAAAUGUGAUAUUUCUACUUACUGUUUAUUUAUCAACAGUAUCAAAUGAUCAGUCACCAGGACGUUUGUUGACUUUGUUUUAGGUUAAAGGACGUCUACUUUUAUGUUCAUCAAAAACUGUCAGAAGCAUUUGUGUUGGUCUUUUAGACAAUUAUAGGAAUCCAAUUUUACUUGAUGUAACAGGAGCUACAGUGCAAACAUUCAGGUUUU